GAGCGCCGGAGAGCGAGGCCCCAUGGCGGGCCCCGGGGACGACGCCUCGGCCGCCCUGGACGAGCUGUCCCGGAACUUCACGUACUGGGAGCCGGGCGCGGGCAACGGCUCGCUGUCGGGCGCAUGGUACCGCAGGAACCAGAUUCACCUUCUUGGAGUUUUGCUUGCCAUUUUAGGAAACUUUGUAAUCAGCAUUUCCCUAAAUAUCCAGAAAUAUUCUCAUCUUCAGUUGGCACAAGAAGAGCAACCAAAGCCAUACUUUAAGAGUGUGCUUUGGUGGGGUAGCAUCCUACUGAUGGCUCUGGGAGAAACAGGGAACUUUGCAGCUUAUGGAGUUGCCCCCAUCACUGUCAUUGCACCGUUAGGCUGUAUGUCUGUUACAGGUAGUGCCAUUAUUUCUGUUAUGUUUCUGAAAGAAAAUUUGAGAGCUUCAGAUUUACUAGGUAUAACAUUGGCCUUUGCAGGAAUAUAUUUAUUGGUGAACUUUGCUCCAAAUAUAACUCAGGCUAUCUCAGCAAGGACAGUACAGUAUUACUUUGUUGGCUGGCAGUUCCUGCUCUACAUGAUUUUAGAAAUACUAAUUUUCUGCAUCCUCCUAUAUUUCCACAAAAGAAAAGGAAUGAAGCACAUUGUGAUUCUGCUGAUGCUGGUGGCACUUCUAGGUAAGGCCCGACUUUGUAUUCUUACUCUCAAAUGGUUCCUGAAUCAAGCCACGAAACUCUACACUACAACAAUGGUGGUUCCAGUUAACCACAUUUUCUUUACAACCAGUGCCAUUAUCGCAGGUAUCAUAUUUUACCAGGAAUUCCUUGGUGCUGCUUUUUUCACCAUAUUUAUAUAUCUUUUUGGGUGCUUUCUGUCAUUCCUUGGUGUGUUUUUGAUGACAAGAAAUCGAGAAAAGGAACAUCUGCAACAGUCCUACAUUGAUUUUGGAAAUAUUCCUGGGAAACAAAUGUUGGACAAAAUACAACCAGAUUCAAAUGGCUUAUCCUAUGGAACCUUGCCUGAUGGAAGUGACUCAACAAAGAGCCAAAGUGGAGAGAAGAAAGACGCCUGAAAUGCCGAGGGGGAUGGCUGUUGGCCUGUUAUUCGAUACCACCUUUUUAAAAAAUUGCACAUGUUCAAUUUGUGUCAGCAGCUAU